UAUGCGCGCGCGGCUGUUGUUUCUCGCGAUUCGAAUUUAGAAUCGCUUUUCCCCGGUUUUCCCGCGCGUCUGACACAAACUUUUUUUUUACAGAACUGUGCAUAUUUUAUUUUUUUUUAAUUGUGUGUUGGAUGGUGUGUGAACAUAAACUGUGACAAUAAGUGACAUUGUGUACAAACAACGUUCCCGAUUGGAUGUUUUAAACAAGAUGUUACACUUGCGGCUGUAUUAGAAGACUGAAAUAUAUAUUUAUUCGGCCUAAAAAGAUGUAACUGGAUAUAAAAAUAUUUAUUCUUGGUCGGUCUCGGGUCGUGUGAGAGAGAGCGAUGACUACCAUGGCAGCGCAUCAAGAAUCUGUACAUGAGCGUCUCCAGCCAGCUCCCGAAGAGCCCCUCUACCUCCAUGGAGCCUCCUGGGCAGAGACCAACGACAACCAGGAAGAGCACAGCACCGACAUGUCCCCCUACUACAACAUGCCCAAACGCAACAAAAGAAAGAACUUCAAGCCCAGAUGCGCGCCCAACGCCAGCACUUUCUCAGACGAAUCCAACGAGCACUGUGAUAUACAAAGUCCUGUCAAUGGAAACGACAGAACGACACCAGACAACGCUGAAGACAGUAGUUAUUCGAAAAUAGGCGUUAAGAACUUCAGUCUACUCAAGGGAGGCGCUGUGGAUCUCAGCAGGCGAUUAAGUACAGAUUCCAAUGAGAACAUAGAUUACCAGAACAGAUUGUCGGAAGAGAAAAAGGUGGACACGUUUCAGAGAUCUUACAUACAUAGUUUACAAAUGACCGACGGCGAGAAAGAGAGGACGGUGUUGAAUUUCAACAAUCUCCAGAAUAAGACGUUUUGUGCCAAAAAUCCUUUUGCUAUAUCGCAGCUAAUUAAAACGAAUUCUCCUCCGCGGAGACGGGAUUCUGAUUCUGAUGAAAAUAAGGAUAUUAAUUCGAAUGAUAGGGAGAACCAAGAGGGGAUGGAGGGUCAGCAGAACGGUGACACAGCGAAUAGGAUUUUAAGAGAUUACGCAAUGAAUACUAUGAAAGAAUUACUUGGGAUUUACGGGUUGUCGUCUAACGAAGUGGCUGAUGCCAUAAGUGGGCAAAUCAGGGCGUUGGAAGCGCUUCAAGGCAAACCCUUCACCCAGAUACCUUUAAGUCUGAAGCGAAGACAUGACUCCGGAGACGCUCCUGAACGCUUGCGACGUUCAUCAUCAGCGACUGAAGAUGAAAGCUCCACUAACAUCACCCCGCCGAAGACACCAGAUAAUGAUUUAGAGGCGCAAAGACAACGAGCUCUCCAAAUAAUAAACCACCAGUCAAUGAGGUUGUUCAAAAGCCAGCCUGCUGAGGAAGAUGGUAGUGGUUCUGAAGAUGGAGACCAGACCCUGGACCUGAGCGUCUCCAGGGAUGGGGAUGGACAGGAACAAUCAACAACAUCCAGCGCUGGUAACAGCGUAUCGGAAUUCGAACAACAAAACAUGUUAAUGAGGAAAAAUCUAGAAGAUUUGGCUAAUCUACAAAUGCAGGGUUUCUUCCAAAAACAAUCGAUGAUGGACGCUGAAGACUCACAAGAAAGAAAGUUACAUGCCAGUGGUCUGCUAUCAGCGUUAAAUCAUUUGGACCAAGCUCGGAAGAAUUCCCUUCAAACCAACGUCGACUAUUCUAGAUACGUUAAAAGGUACAGCUCAACACUAGAAUGCGGGUCAUCAUAUUGCAAGGACCUAGGUUACAGAGAACACUUCCAUUGCAUGGACUGUACAGCCAGGGUCUUCUGCAAGAAGGAGGAGAUGAUCAGGCACUUCAAGUGGCACAAGAAACGCGACGAGUCAUUAGCCCAUGGUUUCAUGCGUUAUUCCCCGCUGGAUGACUGCUCCGAGCGGUUUUCCGACUGUCCCCACAACAGAAGUCAAACCCACUACCAUUGCAUACAAGAUGGCUGUGAUAAGGUAUACAUAUCAACAUCAGACGUGCAGAUGCACGCCAAUUACCACAGAAAGGACUCAGCGAUCCUCCAGGAGGGUUUCCAGAGGUUCAGAGCCACUGAGAGUUGUGCUGCUCCUCAUUGCAUCUUUGCUGGCCAGCGGACCACACACUUCCACUGUAGAAGACCUGGCUGCACGUAUACGUUUAAGAAUAAAGCUGAUAUGGAAAAGCACAAGACCUACCACAUCAAAGACGAGGCCCUUUCCAAGGACGGCUUCAAGAAGUAUAUGAAAAGUGAAGCCUGCCCGUACCGUGAGUGCCGCUUCAGCCGCACCUGCAACCACAUCCACUGCAUCCGACCGCAUUGUAACUACGUGCUGCACUCUAGCAGCCAGAUCUUCACGCAUAAGAGAAAGCAUGAGAGGAAGGAACAAGAGAUGAGCUUUGGACUGCCGACGUCGGUAAUUCAGAGUGCUCUGAUGCAGCAAGGUGCAGACCUCAGCAUGUACUCUCCAAAUACGAGUCUACAAAUUGAUGAUGAUAUGUCCGGAAUGGAUGGAGACUAUUCUCAUCCUUAUAACCCAGUAUUAGUAGAAGAAUUAUCACGGAAGUACAUAGAAACCUUUAGCGGCAGUAAAGAGGCUGACGAUAAAUGCAGCAAAUGCAGCGCUUUGAACAAGCACUAUCACUGCUUAGCUGAAGGAUGCAAGAUGGCCCAUAGUUGCCACAACACAAUGGUCAAGCACGUGUUGGAGCACGAGCAACAGAACCAAGUGACAGAAGCCUACUUCGUCACAUACACUAGAAACAACCCGUGUUCCAACUCCGCGUGCCAACAUAUAAGGGACAUAACUCAUUAUCAUUGUACUUGGGAAAACUGCGGUGCAGUUAUUUUAUCAUCAGAAGAUCAGCCAUUCCGUCGUUUAGAGCAUCACAGACAGCACGCAAUUCUGAGCCCUAUGUCUCCGAACUUAGCGGCGAGAUUCGCUCCGAACUUUACUCCCCAGCUUUCAGCACAACUGCAUCCAAAUGUAGCAGCUCAACUCCAAGUGCCAAGUUUGCCAAACCUUCCGCCAAACUUGGCGCAGUUGGCCCAAAUGGCACCAAAUCUUGGCUCUCAGUUAGCGCCAAACUUGCAAGCACAGUUGAACCUUGGACCGAGCCCUAUUGUUCCGCAACAAGUAAAUCCUUCGAGUUCAUUGGAUGAGAUGUUUAGUAGAAAGCGAGGAAGACCGCCUAAGAAUCGCGUGGUAGAAGUUUGGACUGAUAAUGUGACACCUCAAGCAAUUUUCACAUCUUUCAAACUGCCGAAGAGCAAUCAAAUACCACCAGUUAUUCAAUCACCAGUUAUUACCACCGUAGAAGAGUUUCCUCGCAUUCGCUUCCAACACUUCGAGGUGUUUACAGCUCCAGACGUCUGCAGUCAAUACUACCAGAACUGCCACUUACGUCACACCAGACUACACUUGCACUGCUUCAACUGCAGUUUCACAGCUGAAACCCACAUCAUCAUGGAGACACAUAUGAGGGAAUCCCAUUCCGUAUCCCCUCUGUUAGACGGAUUCGACUAUUUCUCUACCUUUGAGCAAUGUGGUGGAAAGAGUUGCUAUAAGAACCAGCUAAGAUCCCACUUCCAUUGCGCUCAAGGAAACAAUUGUCCAGCUAUUUUGACUCAAUACUCAGCAUUAGCUACUCAUAAGCAUGGAAGAGGUACUCCUAUUAAGAGUGAAGAUGAAAAACAAGUCGAAGAGGCCAAAGACUAUUCGAUUAAAGAAAGAGCAUCAGCUGAUAGUGUUGGAUCGAAGGAUGGAGACUAUCCAACCAAUUUCGUUAUUAAGAGUGAAUUUGAAAAGGAGCAGGAUAACGUUUCGGUAGUAAAAGCGACAGGAACGUUCUAUCCGUCUUCCCACCUCAGAAGCAAUACUUCAUCACCAAGGAGCAUUUACGACGCUUCACCAUCAAAGGAAAAACGACCAGAAUACGACCAGAAGAAACUGGAAAAGCCUAGUCCUACAAUCCCACCUUCAUGCCACGACCAGGCCUGUCCAUUGAACAAGACAGCUGGUCAAAUGAAUCUACAUUACCACUGCCCACAUUGUGGCCAAGCGUAUGUCGACCUGAAGUUGCUAUUUAGCCACAUGGUCAAGAAACAUAGCAAUAUUAUUGAUGCUGGACCAGUCGGAUUGGCUGCUACUAAGGAGACUCUGGAACGAGAAUAUCCAGAAAUUUCGAUUCUACCCUCAACUGCCACUUCUUCCACGGCACCAUCGCCAUCCCCCAGUCAACGACCACCAAAUCCUGCUGAACAAGUGCAAGCAGUCCAAAGCCUGUUACUUCAACAGUACCUAUCAGGUGGUCGCAAGGGCAGUCUGCAGGAGCAGCUGAAGAUGCAGCAGCAGUACACCGCCUCGCUGGCUGGUCUGCCUGGGCUCGCUCAAGUUGCACUGUUCUCGCAGGGUGGUUCUCCAUUCCCGCUAUACCCAGCUAUGAUGUAUCCCCCGGAAUUACUUCUAGAGCAAAGUCUUCUCCAGUCUCACGGUCUACCACCAGGCCUGGAUAAGGAAGCCGAGCUUAUUGCUAAAUCUCGUCGAAACACAGGCACCCGUGGGCCUCACAUGCGCGUGCUAAAAGAUGAGCCGAUACCUGAAGGCUACCUUCGGUUCCGAUUCAAUGAAGACUGCGCUUAUCAACAGUGUGGAUACAGAGAACAUCAAACCCACUUCCACUGCACUCGGAAAGACUGUGGCUAUUCCUUCUGCGACAAGACGAGAUUCGUCCAACACACAGCUCGACAUGAACGUUUGGAUACGCUAAUGGGCGGCGACUUCCAGCAGUACCGCGCCAACGUGUACUGCCAGCGCCCGGAGUGCCCGCAUGCUUCGACUUUCGGUACAGGCCAGAACAAGGCAUCACACUUCCACUGCCUCAAGUGCGAGUUCACUUGCACCGACACCAAUAAAGUGGUGGCACAUAGACGACAGCACCAGAAGCUGGAUUCCAUACAAGCGGCUGGCUUCGAGAAGUUUCCGCCGAGUAAAGGUUGUGGUUACGAACCGCAGUGCAUUCACAGCAAGAAGCAAACCCACUACCACUGCCUCCAGUGCGGUUUCGCCGUUCUUGGCCUCUCCCAGAUGACGUCACACAAGUACAAACACCAGGAAGCGAACCUUGGACCCUCCACUAGUGCUAUUAACUGACCCACUGUACCCCUACGUGUUAUUUUGAGUUUUACACUAAAAUAUACCUUGAAUACUGCGUGCAUUAGGGUCAGAUUUGUGUAUACCCCAGUGGAAACGGAUUUUUUAUUUACGAUAAAGGUCCCGGAUAUAAAAUAAUUUAGGGACGUUUUAUGUUUAACUAUGUCUAUGUUACUGUAUACAUAGUGACUAUAACACUGUUUGAGUAUAGAUAUUUAGUUAAUAUUCAUAUACUGUGUAUAUAAAAAUCACAAAAUUCUCCAAACCGCGUGUAGUCCCUCGAAAUUGUGCCUUAGUCGCAAAAUAGUUUCUGAACGAUUUUGUAAAAUACGGCAAUGUGCCAAAAACUAUAAGACUUCGAUUGAAUUUCAAAUAUAAUGUAACAAUAUCACUUUGUACAUUCGCAUUUUAUACAAAGUAUCAAGGUGUCAAAGUGAAUCUGUAAAUUUCCUAAAACCUGACCAAUUGUAGUUGUUAGUUAUAGAAUAUUUAUAUUUAUUACGACCCCGAGAAAAGACAUUUUUACGAAUAGUAUUAUUAAUUUAGGUCUCCUAAAAUUUGUAACGAAGGCAAUAAUUAUUGGGUUAGAAACGCCAUUUUGUGCCUCGAAAUGUGACAAUACGUAGAAUCUGGUGUUUUGUAGUUUCAUUUUUUGUGAUUUUUUUACAAAAAAAUAAAAAAAAAGUCAUUUAAACACUACAAAACAAUGUAGCUUAAAAGAAAUACUCGUAUUUUGUUUCCGUUAUAUAAAAAAUACAAAAAAUGAACUUACAACCACCGCAAGUUAUAAACAAAAGGAAAUUAUAUAAAAAAUCAUAUUUAAAAGAGAAAAUGGUCAAUUUUAUGAACUUUGUAAAUAAGAAUAGAUUAUAUAUGACAAAAAAAAUAUGUUAGCAAUUGUUAUUAUUGGUAUAUAAAAUGUAUAAAAAUGUGAAGAGUGCUAUUUGUGAUCCAUGAGGUACCUAGCCAAGUAAUGCCAUAAUCAUUUAGUGUUAAUAAAACUGUAAUAAAAUCA